UUCUUCAUUUAGUCUUAUACUUCAGUCCGUAUAGUCUUAUAGGCACAGCCAACUGUCUCCUUUUUAUAUAGUCAAGGAUCCCAGCCUGGGGAAUACCAGAACCUACUGCAGACAAGUCUUCCUAGCUCAAUUAACCUAAUCAAUAGUGUCCCACAGGCAUGGCCACCAGCCAACCUAAUCUAGACAGUUCCUGAAAGGGGGUGCCUGAAGACUUUUCUCUUAGGUGAUUCCAGAUACUGUCAAUCAACAUUUGACAUGAACUGUAACCGUACCCCUGUCCCACUCCCCCACUGCUGUAGAGACUUGUGUACAUGGGAGCUGCCUUGGGGUGUGUAUGGUUUUAAAUGUACUUUCACCUUCUGUUUGCAGAGCCUCCACCCAAAGUGCGUCUGGUGAAUGGUCCCCACCACUGUGAAGGACGUGUAGAGGUGGAACAGGAAGGUCGCUGGGGCACUGUAUGCGAUGACGGCUGGGACAUGAAGGAUGUGGCAGUGGUGUGCCGAGAGCUGGGCUGUGGAGCAGCCAAGCACACACCUAUAGCCAUGUUGUAUCCACCAGUAGUUGAUGAAGCUCUGCCUGUGCUCAUUCAGGUGGCCCUGUGCAAUGGGACAGAGAAGACCCUGGCUGAAUGUGACCAGGUCGAGCCCUUUGAUUGUGGACAUGAUGAAGAUGCUGGGGCUGUGUGUGAAGUCUUGCCUAGCACUUCCUGAAGAUCUAAUGACCAGACACCAUCAGAUCUCCUAUUUUCUGCAUUUGGACCUCACUGGCUUAAUAGUUCCCACUGGACUUCAAGACUUCAUCUGUGAAUCAUCCUUCAACAGGAUGCAAAACAAUUUUGCUCUGAGCUUAAGUUCUAACAGCAGUAAAGAAGGCCCAAGUCCCCUAUUCCAUGGUAUCCAAGCUUGGAAAAAACUGUUCCCUUUCCAGUUCCUUCCAUAACUAUCUCCUUGGAGGGAUGAAGAGGUGGGCCCAAGUGAGAAUCACGUGUGCCUGGGCCUUCCAUCCCCUAGAUUGUGGUCAAAUAAAGC